ACGUCACAUGCACUGAUCUUGUCGUUGUUAGAUCUUUCGGCUGUUUGAGACCUCUUUAGAGCGCCACGCGUACGGUAUCCGAUGAGCAACGAAUCUAGAAAGAGAAAGAGAACCAUUCGGACUGAACACCAGAACGACUCUCCGUGCAAGAAAAACAGCCAAUUGUCUCGUUUAACUUUUGCAGAAGCGUACGAUAAAUCUGUUCGCCCCUACAUCGAUCUUGUCGACAGUCUUCGUAGCAGCGGUGUUGACCAGGACGUUAGUCUUCCUUCUGUAGUCGUCAUCGGAGAUCAAAGCACAGGCAAAAGCUCAGUACUUGAAGCAAUUUCGGGUGUUCAGUUACCGCGGGGAACAGGAAUAGUUACGAGAUGUGCCUUAGAACUACGACUGAAGAAGAAUAGACGCCAGAAUGCUAGCGAUCAGUGGAGUGGGCGACUGAGAUAUGUUACUAAAUCCGGAAAAGAAACAGUUAACUUGACAAGUCCAGAAGAGGUGGAAAACGCUGUUCAACGUGCACAAAACGCUCUUGCAGGUGCUGGUAAAGGAGUCAGUGAGGACGGUAAAAUUGAGCUCGAAGUCUGCUCACCUCACGUUCCUGACCUUACCCUCAUUGACCUUCCUGGGAUCACGCGAGUUGCUAUUGAAGGACAGCCCAAAAACAUCGCAGACAAGAUCAAGCGUCUCAUCAAGAAACAUAUUAUUAAAGGAGAAACUAUCAUUCUUUGUGUCAUUCCAUGUACCAGCGACAUCACUACGUCUGAGGCUUUGGUGUUUUCCCAAGAAGUGGAUCCCAAAGGUGACAGAACCCUUGGUGUCCUAACACGGGCUGAUCAAACUGGACAAGGAGAAGAAAAAGCAAUCAUGGAUAUCUUGCAGCAGAGAAGUGAUGUAAAAUUGAAACUAGGCUGUACAGUCGUGAAAUGUCGAAGCCAGAAAGACAUUGAGAACAAAAUGUCUCUAGCUGAAGCUCUAGAAGCAGAGAGGGAGUUCUUUCAAGAGCACGAGGUGUUCUGCAAACUGGAGGCCGACAAAAUGGGGAUUAAAGAAUUGUCACUGAAACUAACACGACAACUGGUUGAGCACAUACAAGCUUGCCUUCCCAACCUACUGGUUGAUGUAGGAAAAGCUCUCACACAAACUACAGCAAAUCUGGAUCGACUUGGAUCACCCCUUCCCAGCAAUAAAACCGAAUUUCUCGUAGAAGCUUUACUUCAGUAUGGAAAGACACUAGGCGCUGUGGUUAAAGGUGACUGUAUGGCGCAGAAAGAGUUGAAUGAUGAUCAUAUUUUUAAAGAUGUAAGAAGCUGCUUUCACGAGUUUGGAAAGAAAAUUCAUUCUCUGUGUCCAGAUGAAGAUUGUCUAGAAGACAUCAAAAAGCAGAUUAAAGAGAAAAGAGGCAGAGAGUUGCCAGGAUUUGAGAACUACGGAGUAUUUGAAGCAGUAGCAUUUGGAUGUGUGAAUACCUUUAAAGAGCCAGCUUUGGAAUGUUUGCAGAAUGUAAAGCAAUUGAUUGAGAAAGCAUAUGUUAGACUUGCUGCUGACCAGUUCGAGAGAUUUCCCACUUUGAAACGGAAUGUCAUAGGUCAAGUAGGGAGUCAGUUCCAAAAAAGAUGCAAUGCAGCAGCAGAAGCAAUUGAGACAAUGAUGAGUAUGGAAGACUGGAUCUAUACCAGAGAUUCAGUAUAUCAAAACGUAAUGACUGAUGUUUCCUCUGAAGGCGCAGCAGUUGACAGACAACCGGUCCCUAGCUUGCAUCCUACAAUUACAUCUACAACCAGAUUUCUCGGUGGUGAAGUUGACAAUCCAGUCACUGAUGAGUCUACUGAACGGGCUGCAAAACAGCUUCUUCAAAAACUUAAAGGCUAUUUUAGGAUCGUGAGUCUUCGUCUUGGAGAUCAUAUUCCAAUGGCUAUCAUGUUGCACUUAUUAACCAACUUUGUGAAAGAUGUUGAAACAAGACUGAUUAGUAAGCUCGUUGGAUUUGAUGGAAAGAGACAAAAGACAUCAAAUGACGAAGACAUCAGUAGUAAUGGACCGAACUCUGACAGAGAAGAAGAUGCUCUCACCAUUGACAUGCUUGUUUGUGAAGAUGUGAACGUUGCAUUGAAGCGCAAAACGCUCAAGCAAAAGAAACAACGGUUGCUGGAUGCACAGAAAGAGUUAAAGACAUUUACAGUCAAGCGAAAGAAGUAACACGUUCAGAAUUAGCUCACCAAUAGAUUAUGAACACACAUAGAGAUAGUGUCCUUCACUAUUUUGUGUUUCAUUGCAGAAUCCAUACAUUGAAUUUUGCAGUUUGAUCAUAAUUAUACACACUUCACUAUUAGCCAUUCCUAAACAAGCUGCUCAAGUCCAUGAAUUGUAAAACCCGAUAGCUCUCAACUGCACUGAAUAUUAUUAAAAGUAGA